AUGCCCCCUGGUGGACUCCCGGCCAGCCUGGUCGCAGGCAAGCCUACCCCCACCGUCAACACCUCCUAUGGGACUGGAAAUCACAGUCCCCUGAGCCCAGAAGAUCGGUCCCCGCGGGGCCUUGAACCCGAUCAACCAGGUUUCCGGGACCGAUCUAAUGUGAGAGAUAGAUCGCGCCCAAAUGGGCGACCCCACAACAAGUCACCAGGCUCGUCCCGUUUGUGUCAGAAGUGUAACGAGCCCCUGACUGGGCAAUUUGUGCGCGCAUUGGGUGGUACCUUCCAUUUGGAGUGUUUCAAGUGCGAGGAUUGCGGUGAAAUCGUCGCCUCCAAGUUCUUCCCUGUCGACUCGGACGAUGGGUCUUGCCAAUUUCCCCUGUGUGAGACUGACUACUUCCGACGGCUGAACCUUCUGUGUCACGAGUGUGGUGGUGCUCUCCGUGGCUCUUACAUUACCGCAUUGGAUCGCAAGUAUCACAUCGAACAUUUCACCUGCUCAGUGUGUCCAACUGUCUUUGGCGCCCAAGACUCCUACUACGAACAUGAGAGCAAAGUCUAUUGCCAUUUCCAUUACUCAACUCAGUUUGCGCAGCGUUGCCAUGGAUGUCACACCGCAAUUCUCAAGCAAUUUGUCGAGAUUUUCCGAAACGGACAAAACCAACAUUGGCACCCCGAGUGUUACAUGAUCCACAAAUUUUGGAACGUUCGACUAUCGCCCGCGGGCCAAACCUGGGAACCGCCCCCUGUCGACGCCGAUGCCACUCCCGAAGAGCGCGAGAAUAUUCGGCGGGAAGAAGAUUCGAUGGAAGAGAAGGUCUACAAUAUCUGGAGCACUCUCUCUACGUUUGAAGAAUCAUCAGCCGCGUGUAUCUCUGACAUGCUGCUACACGUGAGCAACGGAGCAUAUAUUGACGGUGUUAUCGUGGCCAAGCGGUUCAUUGCCCACGUUGAAAUUCUCUUUGCCGCGGUUGACGAAUUGGCGGUGUACAUCAAAUCCCAUGGUGUCAAGGAUCUAUCAUAUGGUCGGGAGGCCAAACUCCUUUGCAAGAAGAUUGUCGCGUUCUUUGCCCUUCUGUCCAAGACCCAAGAGACCGGUGUUCGCAAGCUCGGUGUUACUCAAGAGCUACUCUCGCUGGUGACUGGUCUGGCUCACUAUUUGAAACUUCUCAUUCGGAUCGGUCUCCAGGGUGCUUUAAAGCUUGAGCGGGAGAAGUCGGCACCGGAUGGUUUGCACAACUUCCUCGCACAUCUUGCUGACCAAGAAUCCCUUGCCCCGCCAGAGGAUGAGAAUGCGCCUAUUGAUCUCAAUGCCGGUGUUGAGGGUCUGGCGGAUCAGCUUUCCGAUUGCUGUACCUCAUGCAAGGAGCCCAUUGACGAUGAGUGUGUCCGCCACGGAGACAACCGCUGGCACCUGAAACCCCCUCAUCUGUCUUGUUGCUCGUGUGAGAAAGACUUGACCUUUGAUCUUCAGGAUGCAUUGUGGCAUGACAUUGAAAAGCGCACGUACUGCUCAGCAUGCGCUAAUCAUCAUCAUCUCGGUCCUGAGGCGCAGGCAGGCUUCAUCCAGGUCACCAAGUUGCAGCAGUUUGUCUUCCUUUUGCGAGUUGCUCUCGCACGCCUUCUAGCGGUUCUCCGUGCUGGAGGCACCCUUCCUUCCACAUCUGAAGAUCCCAAUCUUCAAGGAAAUGAGAAUAGAGAUGAAUACCGCGUGCAACCCGGUGAUGUUCGCCGGUCCAAUACUCUUUCGCAGUCUCGUGGCGGUGCCCGGAGUGGCUUCGAAGAAUCUUCUCUGGAGCAGACUGUCGGCGAAAUGCGUCGGUUGCGUUCACUACGCAAUGAGCGCACUCUGUCUACGACAUACAAGAAAGCUCGUGCAUCCCGCAUUAUCGAUGGUCCAGAGGGCCGGAGUGUACGACCGGGCUCUUCCGGCAACGAUGGCGGUGACCCUCGUGGACGUGGAUUCCAGAUCGUCGAAGAACGAGAUGCGAAUGGCGAAACUGUGAAAGACCUGACUUUCGGAGCGCAAGACGCCCUUACCCUGGACGAUAUCCCGCGUAUCGUCGCAGCUGAACAAGCCAAAGAGCAACGGCCCAACGCCUACCGACAUGCAGGUUCUAAGCUGGUGGGAACCAUGGAGGGUAUGCCUACCUACAAGCCAGGUCACGCACGUGAGAUGUCAAAGAACCAGCUGGACAUGCUUGUCGACUCUUCCACUCGUAACAAGCGCUACUUCUCUGAACUCACGGCAUUGGAAUACUUCAUUGUCCGCCAUGUUGCUGUCUUGUCUAUGGAGCCCUUGCUGGACGGACAAUUCAGUAUGGAAGAGCUGCUCUCAUUGAUCGAAUCCCGAAAGCCGACCAUCUGGAACAUCUUCGGCCGUGCAUUCAAGGAUGAAAAGAAAAAGGGUAAGAAGAAGGGAGCCUUUGGCGUUUCGCUCGACUACUUGGUAGAAAAGGAGGGUACCGAGUCUGGUCAUGGCGUUGGCCCAGGUGCCUUGCGAAUUCCAACCCUCGUCGAUGAUGCCGUAUCCGCUAUGCGACAGAUGGACAUGUCGGUAGAGGGUGUCUUCCGGAAGAAUGGCAACAUUCGCCGUCUUAAGGAGCUUGCCGAGUUGAUUGAUACAAAGUACGAGCAGGUUGACAUGUCGAAGGAGGGUCCUGUGCAGAUCGCAGCACUGCUGAAGAAGUUCCUUCGCGAAAUGCCUGACCCAUUGAUGACUUUCAAGUUGCACCGUCUUUUCGUCGCAUCACAGAAACUUUCGGACUCGGAGAAGCAGAAGCGAGUCCUGCAUCUGGCCUGCUGUCUCCUUCCCAAAGCCCAUCGCGAUACGAUGGAAGUCUUGUUCACCUUCCUCAACUGGACGUCAUCCUUCUCGCACAUCGAUGAGGAAUCCGGCAGCAAGAUGGACAUUCACAAUCUAGCCACGGUCAUGACACCUAACAUCCUUUACCCGAAUACCAAGAACGGCACCGUGGACGAGAGUUUCCUGGCCAUCGAAGCGGUCAAUGCGCUGAUCACAUAUAACGACACCAUGUGCGAGAUUCCCGAGGACUUGCAAGUCGUUCUGAGUGAUCCUACUCUGUUCAAGGAGAACUCCGAAGUGACCUCCAAGGACAUCUUGAAGCGAUAUGGUGACAUUGCACGAGGCAGCUUCUCAACGAGACCUGACAAUGGCGGCGAGACAUUCACCAUCAAUAGCCAUCGCAAUCCGAGUACCCCGACCUCGGCUCGUAUCGAGACCGAUCCUUCGCAGGACACUGCCUGGCAGAUGCAGAGCUCGGUUCGCCAUGUCCCAGGACCUAGUGGUCACUCUCACUCAUCAAGUAUCCAGCCCCAAGCUGGCCUUGACUUUGGGCCCACCCCGCCGCCAGCUGCCUAUCACCGCGAACGUAGCCAUAGCAACGGCAGUCAAGGUGGUUCAGAAGGGCAGCAAGGUCUCCCCUACCGCCCUCGGCCCAGUCCCGGCGCUAUGGGUGUCACUGGCUAG